AUGAACGUGCCUCUCAUCUGUGACUACGGCUCGGGCAUCAGUAAGGUGGGCUUUGCGGGGACAGAAGCGCCCCUGGCUGUGUUCCCCACCAUCCUCGGGAAACUUCGCCAUGAUAAUCUGUUGGUGGGAAUGGAAGAGGAAGACUGGUUUAUCGGAGAUGAGGUUCAGAAAAAUCGAGGGAAACUCAACCUGCAAUAUCCCAUCUCUCGGGCAGCUAUCACCAACUGGGACAACAUGGAAAAGAUCUGGCACCACUCCUUUUACAAGGUGCUCCACGUCGCCCCAGAGCAGCACCCUCUGAUGGUGACAGAGCCGCCUUUAAACACGAUGGCCAACAAAGAGAAAGUGUCGCAGAUCCUGUUCGAGACCUUCGGCGUGCCCGCCCUGUAUUUAGCCAACCAAGGAGUCCUUUCUCUCUAUGCCUCCGGCCAAACCUGCGGUAUGACCCUUGAAUCUGGAGAAGGAAUGACAUACUUUGUGCCCAUCAUUGACGGCUGUCCUUUGCCUCAGUCAACCUUCCAGAUGGACAUUGCAGGCCAAGACCUAACCUUGUACUUCCUACACCUGUUGUCAGAAAGUGGGCACUCACUGGUGAGCACAGCUGACCGGGAGUUCGUCCGGGACCUGAAAGAGAAAUGCUGUUACGUGGCUUUGGAUUUUGAGAAAGAAAAAGUGGAAGCCAGCUCGCCCUCCUAUGCACAGAAGUGUCAGCUGCCUGACGGCCAGGAAAUUGACCUCGGGCGGGAGAGGUUCUUCUGCCCCGAAGUGCUUUUCCAGACCGACCUCAUAGGGAGACACCACCUGGGGGUCCACACGAAGGCCUUCCAGUGCGUCAGCUCCUGCGACCCCGCCCUCUGGAAGAUUCUCUUCGGCCACAUCGUAUUGUCUGGGGGAACCGGCACCUGCUCAGGCUUGCGGCUCCGGCUGCAGAGAGAAAUAUCCACCCUGGUUUCCCCGAAGAUCAACGUGAAGGUAUGGUGCCCCCCACCCUCCCUCUGGGGCUUCCAGAGGUCAUUCCACAGAUGCUUCUGGAAUGCCGCCCACGUGGCAGGCUCGGUGCCAGGUGUUCAGGGGAGCACCAGUGAACAGAAGGGGCAAAACUCCUGGAGCUUACGAUCGAGCGGGGGGAGGAAGCAGUAAGCAGUACAGAUCCGUCUGCUACAGAAGGCGGUAUGUCCGGAGGGGCUAGAAGCCGCAGGUGGGGGGGUAGCAAGGAGGGAAGAGGGGAGGAGAGAGUGGUCAGGGUGGUGUCCUCGGGAAGGCGGUCUUUGAGGGAAUACUUGAAGGAGGUGAGGGGAGUGUGUGAAUAUCUGGGGAAGAGCAUUCAGGCAGAGGGAACAGCACACGCAGUGGCUCAGAGGCUUGCUUCCUGGAGGGAGUUCUGGAAAGGGUUGGCUGUGCUGAGAGAAGGAAGGGGGUAAACGAGGUCAGAGAAGCCCUGUGAGGCUUUUACCUCGAAACCACCAGAAGAUUUGAGCAGAGCAGUGAGAUGACCGGGCUAGGCUCUGGAGGGUGGGUCAGGCUGCAGUGUGGGGAUGUGGCUGGUCGAGGCAGAGGUGCUGGUGGCUCAGAGCAGGCGGUGCAGGAGAGAGGUGGUCCAACUCCGAGCAUGCUCAAGCAAAGGAUACAGGACCCGCAGAGAGACGUGAUGGAGGAGGAGAGAGAGGAGCCAGGGUGUCUCCUGAAGUCCUAGCCUGAGCCACUGGGAUGACACAGAUGUCAUCACUGAGACGGACAAGGUCACCGGAGGAGCAGCCGGGGAAGGCCUGAAGUGGCAUUUUGGGUGUGUCCAGUUGGAGAUGUCUCCUGUCCGUCAGAGAGCAGAGGUCCAGGAGGGACAGGGAGUUUGGAGGUGGCAGGGGCCUGGGCUCCAGGUGCACAUUGGAGUUUUCAGCAGAAGCAUGGUGCUCAGAGACCAGAAGGAGUGGUGCAGACGGGGAGGAAGGACGAGGUCAAUAUGCAGCCCCUCGGUCCAUCAGGAGAGGCUGGAGGGGCAGGGGUGCUGCCAGGAGCCCAAACACCAGAGCACAGGAGACCGGGAGAGCAGGCAGCCCACAGCCAGGGGAGCCCUGAGGGACGGCGGGCAGGAAACCCCGCCAAGUCGGCAGGUAGGAGUGGGCUGAGAACUGGUCCCUGGAGUCCCUGGGAUUUAGCACCUUCAGUCCCGUGAGACGUACCUUUAAGACUGACGGUCAGAGGGUCUUGAAGGAGGUUUGCUACCAUGAAAGCAGAGAAACGGGGCCACAGGUCAGGGGACUGAGGUCAGGAGGAGCCUGUGCGGUUGUGGUGGCAGUUGUUUUAAGGUGGGAGAACCAUCUGCCCAUUUGACCUCCGAUGGGACCGAUCUGCGGGGAGAGAGAAGCUGAAGAUGCAAAGAGGCUCUCCUCCCGGCUCGGGCCUGCAGGAGGCAGCCGGCCCCACAGCACAUCUCCGGUUUAGGGAAUCGGGGACCCUGCCCUGCCCACGCCUCCGCCCCUGCCUGCCGUCCUCUCACCGCCAUUUAAAUUUUAUUUGUUUAUUUAUUUACUUUUAAAUGAAUAGCUUGUAUUUUUUAGAGCAGUUCUAGGUUUACAGGAAAACUGAACAGAAAGCAGGUUCUUGUACAGCCCUCCCUUUACACACCGUCACCCUUGUCAUCCCGUCUUGCGUUUGUGCAUCGGUUACGACUCACGAGCCACCUGUCAAUGAACCGAAGUCUGUAGCUGACGUGAAGGCUCACCCCUGGUGUUGCGCACGUGGUGGGCUCGGGGGACGCAAGUCACGUCCCCACCAGUGCCGUGUUCUGCAGAGCAGUUCCACGUCCAUCGCAACUGUCACGCAGCCGUCCGCGGUAAUCGCGCCCUGUGCAGACCUGCCCGUCCCCGCCUCUGCCCUGUCCCCGGGACCGCUGAUCUGACGACUGCACUGGCCCUGGGGCUUUGCCUUCUCCAGGGUGCCGUGUCGCUGGACUCAUGUGGCUGUAAGGUCGUGUGGUUGGAAUCCAGCAAUACGUAGGUAGCCUUUUCACACUGGCUCCUUUUUGACCCCACUUUUCAAAGCUGCUUUUCUUCCUUUCUGUUUAUGAGAUCAGCUCACGGCCAUGGUGGAAAACGUAUAAGCAAAGUUUAAGCAACGAUCCUGGAAUAUCAGUCUCAAUUCGCACAGUAAAGAAAGCAUGUCCACAUCUCUCCUUCUAACUGGACGGAACCAGCUCGGCGCCCGCCCAGCGUGGUGGCCAGGGGUUGGGCGGAUGGGGGGACCCAGUGCACUUCUGGUUGAAUAAGGGCUUUCCUUGCGCCUCGGUGCCCUGGGCCGAGGGUGGCCCCCGUCCGGCCCUCGUCCGUCUGCCCUCUGCUCGCUGCUGCCCUGGUGGCUGUGCGCUUGCCUGGAGCCUCUCCUCCAGCUGCUCCCAGCCGGCCCCAGGCGGGCCGCCCUCCCUUGACUGCAGCGUGCUCGGCCCCUCCCGGAGUGACACCAACCCCCACGCUGGACCCCUGGCCGAGCUCCACUCGGGUGCGGUGGGCGUGGAUGGGGGAGGGCUGGGGUCUCCCAGACACCAGGGAGGGCAGGGGAGUGAGCAGCUGUCUGGGAACCUCCCUUCCUCUGCAGAUCUGUCACUUCCCUUCCAUGUCUGCGCCCACCCGUGAAACAGGACAUCUGAGGGGCUCCUCCUCCCAGGGCGGGGGGCCGGAAGCGGGGACUGAACCCCUCUCCCCUCAGCUCCCCCAGCUGCUCUGGGAAGAUUCCUUCACCCCUGCCCUCAGCUGCCCCGCUUUCAGAUCUGACGGCAGGCAGGGCCCUCUCAGAGCAGCUUUCUGGCUUGAAUCCCCAGCGUAUCCUCUGCUGCCUCCUGAGCCCUCUCCGGCCCCAUGUCCCCUUCCCUCCUCCCUUCCUGGCUCUGCAGAACGGCCACACAGGGCUCGGUUCUCCCAGCCCUGAUGCUUGCAAACGACAGCCUGACUCGGUGGACCAGGGCGACGUUGGAAAGUAGACGUUUGCACAGCAGUGGUCCUUGUUCUGAUCCGUGUGGAUCCGUCCUCCACCAGAGCCAGUGGGGCAACAGGGGAGAAUCAGGGAUUUUCUGGAAAGGUGAACACGUCAGCUGGUAUUACAGAAAUCAACACAAGUCUUCUCGCUUCCAAAGUCGGCAGCCCUCUUUACAUGUGCGAUACAUAAAAUUCCAUCAUGAUUAUAAAAAUUCAUGUAAUACUGGAGAAUUAUUUCCAUCCCUUCCUUCCUCAGACUGCAGCCCUCGUUAUAAAACAGGACUCACUGUGACACACACUUGUCCUAGAGAUCUGUACCCACCUGUGUUCUUCCUAAGCCCAGUCUUCUUUAUACAAUUUUAUAUGAUGUUAUAUAAAUACAUACAAUGUGGGAAAACUGUGACCCUCCUGCCUCCUCCCUCCCCAAGGCUGCAGCCCUUUCUCCAUCACCUCACAUGAAAUUACAGACGUGUAGGGACUGUGAGGAAGCUCUCACCGCUCCCGGCUUCUCGCUCUGGAGUCCUCCUUCUCUCCGGGGAUGCCUUUCCACUGGCCCUUCUCUCGGCUCCCUGAGCUGCUGCCUGUGGCGAACUGUCACCAGACCAGAAAGGAAGGUCCAGCUCAGCCAGCACGGAAAACAGAUGGAACUGUGACGGCAUACUCCUGCCCACUUCUUGACCGUGGCUGCAAAGGGCGUCCCUCAGGCUGCCCUCCGACAGCCUUGCCCUCCAGCCUGCGGCUGCACUGAGGUUCGGGCCAAGGUCUGCCAUCCCCCUCUCUGAGCCCUUAAUCCCCCCCAGCCCUCCCCCAAAACUUCUCCACGUGGGGCUGGAAGGCGGCGCCUGUUUCCUGUAACUGCCACAGCCCAGCCCUGCCUCUGCCUAGUCUCUCUCCUGUCUGGAUGCUCUCUGGCAGGGAAGGGGGUGUAGACUCACCUUGAAUUGUCCACGAGCUCAUUAAAUUCUCCCCCAAUGACGGGAAGAGGGGCGAGGGUAAAGCUCAGUGGCAGAGCAGGUGCCUGGCACACCCAAGGUCCUGGGCUCAGUCCUCGGGGCCUCCACUGGGAAAAGGAGCAGCCGAGGCUGGCUGACUCCCCAGGUGUGGAGCAGUGGGUGUGGACGGCUGGCUCCAGACUUAGAGGGGGCUUGGCGGGUCAUUUCUGACCGAAGAUCACUGUGCGAUUUGACACACGUCUCAGAGGGAGCUCAGACAAUCGGGCGACACCUGCUUAUUUAUGUGGGAAGGCCUCUCAGCAUAUAAAGCUGCAAAAGUGGAAAAAAGAAAUGAUGAGAGAAUGAAUAACCUGAUUAUCUGCCCCCCAAAAAGAUGAAAAUAAAUUAAAAGUAAAUAAAAAUUAAAAAUAAAACAGGUGGACAAAACAAUUUUAAAAACUGAAAAAAGAAAUUAAAAAAAGAAGAAGAGGAGAAGGGUUCUCUCCCACAAGCAAGCUCGCCCUCCCUUCCGGGAGCAGCCGCUUCCCACGGGGCCGUCUUUUAAAACAAGAGCUUCUCCCACCAGCCUCAGUCUUGCGAUGAUAAUGUUCUCGUGCUAAAUUUUUGGCCAUGGUAUCUUCUUUUUUCUUUAGGACAGUUUCUCCCUUAGAGCCCAUUUCUAGACGGGAAUUUCCUGAGCCAGGAAUGUGCUCAGAGUCCAGGCUUUGGAACACACUGUCCAGGCGCGCACGGAGACACCCAGCCACCGGUCCUGCCGACGCAGGGGGCAGUGUCCCACCCAGCCCUGUUCAUCGCACACGGGCGCCGUCAAGUUAAAGACUCUUUCCCAGUUGGACAGAUGAAAAAUACGUGCUUUACUCUGCAUUUCUUUAACGACUAACGCAGGGACACCUUCCGCACGUGCUGGGCUGCCCGUAGUUUUUCUCUUUUUCUUUUACUUCAACAUCGCUUUGUAAUUGCUCGUUCCAACCCUCUGGCCGUUUUUCUGUCGGUGGCUUUGCUUUCUCCUGAAUGCGCAAGCUGCCCCAGUUUUGCGCACACUUUUGCUUGUUUUGGAGUGUCUGUUUGGACAAGACCCAGGCAGGAUCUGGGGCUCGCACAGGGUGACAGCCUGUUGAUGGGAGGAAAGAGGGUCCUGGUGCCUGUUAUCAGCUUUUUCCUCUGCCUGAUGCCUGACCCUGAAUGUGUGUCCCUCCGCCCCUGCCCCCCACCUCUGACUCUUUCCCUUGUUUAUUUUCCUUAAAAUUUCAGCCAUGUCUCUUGUCUUAACCAAUAUAACAGAUGGUUUCCAAGCCAAGCACGGUUCUGUGGUGACAGCCAGCCAGCACCCAUGACUGAAUCUGAUCAUUCAUCUUGUCUUAUUCCCUGGACUCUGGGUUUUCCAAAUCCUCUUCUUAAAUCCCUUUGCCUUGCAUAUUCCUGCAGCAAGGUGUCCGUCCCCACCUCUUUUAGAAUAAUAAACAUGUACUAUGAUAUACCUGAGUGCUUUAAGGAAAGUCAGUGAAUAUGUGAGGAUGACAACUGUCUGACCUUGAGUAAGUGAAUUCACCUUCCAGACCCUCAGUGGUCCUACCUGGCAAGUGGGUGUGGAGAUGUUUACCUCCUCCCGGCCCAGAGGUGACCUGACUUGAACAAGAAACACUGCUUUCUCCCGACAUUGAAACUGAAGGAGACACACACAUUACCAAACUCAGGCUUGGCUGCUCGCUGCUCAAAAGCCGAUAAUCGAGAGGCAAGUGCCAAUAGAAAGGGAAGAUGCUUUAACCAGAAAAGCAGGCAAUCUGGCAAGAUGCUGGACUUAUGUCCAGAGAUACCUCUGAGGAUUCUGCUCAGCCAUGAGAGUUUUUGAAGGGAAAAAGGAGGGAGGAAUCUCAGUGAAUCACUGAGGCAGGAGGUGGAGGUCUGCGUCUUUCUCCGUCGCAUGCAGACGGGCUGACUCUCUUCAGCUGCUGUCUUGUCCUCGUGAUCUUCCCACAGAAUCGUUGAGGGGGCUGUUGCGGGUUGAGAGCCAGUCACUUUUUAACAGCCUAAUUCUUUAUUCUCACUUCUUUCUAUCUAGGGAGACAAUCGCCAGGUUCGGCAGGGCGUGGCGAGCGCCCGGAGAGCAGAGGUCGGGAGCUAGGCUAGAUUGCCUAGGGAUCUCGUCCUGUAAUUAGGUCCUUUCAAGGUUAGAGGGGACAGGAAUGGACAAGAGGAAAGGGGGAAAGGGCUGCUUUCAUCCACGAGACUGAUGUCAGAGCAAGAGCUAGAGGCGGCCUUAAAGGCGAUGCCCGGGCCGAGGGGGCCUCUCUGGGAGGCUCGAUCGCCUGGGUUUGUUUCUUUUUUGCUUAUCUGUGUUUUCUGUUUUCCACAAAAUGUGCAUGCCUUACAGAGAGUCCCUACCUGAGUACAAACUGUGUCAUCUAUUUCAGAGUGAGUCCAAGAGCCGAGGGCCAGUCCUGUGCCCUUGCUGCUUUCAGCCUCACCUUAAAGCCACAGGCAGCAGGAUAUGACCAUUAAGCAUCUUUAGAGUUUGGAAUAAACUGUGUUUCCCAGGGAGAGGGGAGGGGGAAUGACUGCGCAUGAGGUGCACUCAGGGAUUGGUACUUUGUGUCCCUGCUUUAGAACAGUACUUUGAUUUUGAUCCUGGUUUCUCUCCCUCUCUCCCCCCAACCCCUCACACCACCCUUGCCUUCCUCUCUUCCCUCCUCCAUUCCCCUCUCCCGCCUCCUCGACCCCCGUCCAGGUGUCCACCUGCCCACAUUCCAUAUACGGCGCGUGGGUAGGAGGCUCCAUCCUGUGCUCACUCUCCACC